AUGGCCGGCGGCAGCACAUUCACCUGGUCCCACGCCCUACGUCUCGACUCCACAAAAUCCCCCUUCGACUCCCCCCUCCCCCAAACCCACAAAGCAUUCGCCGACAUCGUCCCCAUAUCCUGGAAACGCUACAACAUCGGCGGCAUCCUGACCACCAUCUACGGAUUAGAAGAACUUCCCCGGCAUGCGGAUGAAAUUGCCUGUUUGUGGUUACUGCACGGAAGAGGCGAUACGCAGGAUAGUAUGGCGUAUACGGCAGCUGCGAUGCUGAAAGUUUGGAAUUCGAAAAGGAAGGCUAGUGAGAAGGGGUUGGUUUGUGUGUGUUUUGAUCAGAGGAAUCAUGGAUCGAGACAGAUAGAGAAUCGGAAUAAUGUUUCUUGGAAACAGGGGAAUCCUACACAUGGACCUGAUAUGUUCAACACCUACGUCGGCACAGCCCAAGAUCUCUCCCUCCUAAUCACCCAACUCCCAAACUACCUCCCCUUCAAACUCCACCAACACAUCUGCGGCGGCGUCAGUCUCGGCGGCCACGCGACCUGGGUAGCCUUAAUGACAGAACCACGCAUCACAGCCGGCAUGAUCGUGAUCGGAUGUCCAGACUACAUCCGCUUGAUGACAGAUCGAGCAAUUCGUUCAAAAGUAAGAUCCACCAUGACCAGUGAACCUCCUGGAAGAGAUUUCCUCGGUUCAGAAGAUUUUCCGCAAAGUCUCAUUGCUGCUGUGGAACAGUAUGAUCCUGCGGGGAUUUUGCUUGGGGAAUUGGAUGUAUAUUCUGUGGGAGAUUAUUUGGAAGUACCUUCUGCUUCGGAAGUCAAGAGGUUGGAACCAAUUAUUGAUUCGACUUUGGCUGGGAAGAAAAUCAUUUGUCUAUCUGGAGGUAAAGAUAAAUUGGUCCCUUACGCACAGGGUGAGGUUUUCCUCUCCUGGUUGAAAAAGUCUAUCGAUGGGAAGAAUGGCUGGUGUAGGAAUAAAGGCAUCGAGCUGGAAGAUAUUCAAGAUUCCGGAGCUGGACAUGAGUUUUCUGCGAAAAUGCGCAGGGAAGCGGAAAGAUGGCUUUGCGAUGUCCUCUCGGGCAAGGAUGCUUCCGUCAGCAGGGAUAGCAAGCUAUGA